GGCUCAUCGAGGGGGGCAGGCAGGGCCCGGGCGGGAACAACAGGCGGGGACCGGCCUCGCCGAGUGAGCAGGCAAGGCCCGGUCGUCCCCGCCCCUCCCGGGCAGCCGUUCCGUUGCUUUUACUUCCGUCGUCCCGUUCCAGUCCCGUCAUCCAGGGCCCAGGGCAGGUCCCCGGUGGUCUGGUGUGGCUCUGUGCCAAGGCUUGCACGAAGAACCCGACCCACAAAGUAAUCACAGUAAAUCAAUAGCGGGCAGCGGACGGAGGGAGUUGGGUUGUGAAAGCGGAAUCGAGAGGUGAACUUCAACGGGAGAGGCUUUUCUUGGUGUGGAGCCAGGAUGGGUUUUGCUGAAGACAAAGUGUACGACUACAUCCUGAGAAACUUGAAGAACUUCAGGAACAUCCGCGUGGCAUCGCUGGCCGAUUCCCUCAGCUGCCUGACCGACGCUGACAGAGAUGAGCUUCACACUCGGGAAGAGACUCGAGGCAGCCAGGCCACUGUCUAUAGGUUCUACCAGUACCUGAAGUGCCGUCAGGGCUGGGUCCCUGACCUCAUCGACGCGCUGCGCCACAACAACGCGGAGCACCUGGCCAACGAGCUGCAGCACCUCUACGACUCCUUGCAAGUCUCUCCUCCAGGUGCUCCGGCUCCUGCUGCUGCUCCCUCCCCUCCUGCAGCCACUGGUGUCUGUCCCAACACCUCCAUCCGGGCCCAGACCCCAUCCCCAAGGCCUGUCCCGGCUCCGAGUGUGCCCUUGGCCAAGCAGCUACACCAGGACCAGCCUGCAGACAGCCCCCCACCUUCCCUGCCCAGUUCUGCCGUCGCUGACCGGGAUGCCAGGAUCCCAGUGCAGGAGUCGGUGAGUGGGCUCUCCGAAAGCCUCCCGGAGCGAGAGAGUCCCCAAACACUUCCAUCCAGAAGCACGGUCUGUGAUGGAACAAACAAUGGGAAGAGCGGAGAGGGGCAUCUCCUGAAACCCACUGGGGCUGCACAGGAGGCAGCGAGACCCCUCGGGGCCGCCAGCGUGGAUGUGCCGUCUGCUGUCGCUGCCGAGCAGGGCCAGUCCUGGCUGAGCCGCCCGCAGCACCCGGUGUGCGUGGACAACGGCUGCUUCGGCAACGCCAAGCACCUGCAGCGCGGCGCUCCGGGCCUGGGGCUGCGGGCGGGCCUGCCAACCAGGCAGCAGGGCACUGCCUGCCACCCUGAGCCGCGCAGCAACGAGCCCCAGGAGGACUCGUACAUCUCCACUGAGUCACCCCUGAGGCUGGAGGGGGCUGCUCACAGCGGGGGACUGCAGCCUCCAGACUCCACACCGGAAAACCAGGCUGCACCCAGCUCUGAGCCCCUGGAGAGCUUGGUGGAUGUGCGCAGCCCACUCCUCAUUCAGCAGCAGGUGGAUGGGGAGCAGAAGCAGAACAGGAUGCUGCAAAAGGAUGGAAGAGACAGAGACACACGGAUGGAAACAGCCUCCCCAGCUGCUGCCCUUGUGCCUAUAGACACUUCUCCAUCUCACACCACCCCCCUGAAUUGUGCACAAGAGGACAAGCAAACUGUGGAGAAGAUGGCCAGCAGCACCCUUUCUGUGCCAGCAAAGGAAAAAGUCUUCAUGGACUCUGUCCCAGCUGUUGCAGAAAGCUCUGAAGUCCCAUCUGAGAGGAUGGCACCCCGGGACUGCUCUGGCACAAGUAUCUGGGAGCCUGGUAGUGAUGUGGAGGGUGAUGAGCUCAGCAAGCCAGAUGUCCUCCUCUCCAUAUCUAGCUUCAGCCUCAGCAGCGACCCACUCUUCCUGAGCACAGAUAGCUCCAAGUCAGGAGAAGCACUCUCCAGAGUCAACUUGAGAUGUCCAGCUCCAGCAGCUCAUGUAGACCCCAGAGGAGAGGAGGCAGCUGGAGCAAGCAACAAUUCCUGUCCACCUCCCAGCCGGGACAGCACCUCUCUAGGCAUCCAUGAAGACCACUACCCCAGCAUGCAGUUCAAGGAAGGCAACAACAUCCAAGAUGGAGCUGAUCCCCUUGGAAACCCUCCAGUUUUGGACACAAGCAGUAACGCUGUGAGCAGCUCCCCUGAGGCCAGAGUGUCCCUAGGGGACAGCAGCAGAUCAUCCAUGCCUUACAUCCUUCCAGCUGUGGGCAUCGCUCUGCUCUCAGCCCUUCUGGUGUACAAGCGACUGCAGAAAUAGCCCUGCAGGGAUGGGAUGCCACUGCUGGCACUCGGCCUGGGUGAUGCCUCUUUACAGCAGGAAUUUGGCCAACACCUUUAAAGCCUGAAGAGCAGCAGCUGUGGGGAGAUGGUAGGAGUGGUGUUAAAUCUCUUUCUGGAAGAUUUGGCUGGAAGAGGCCUUGGUUGUGAGAUGCUGCUGGGUUUGGGUCUGGUCCUACUCUGCUUCUCAACCAUCUCCUUUUACACCUAUAGAGAGAGUCUUGCUCAGGGAGUGACUUUUGAGUCCAAAAAGAAAGUUCUUGUGGCAAUUGUCCACAUCUUCCAGGAAGCCCCAGGGAAUGUCCUGGUGGUCCAAAGGGUGACCUCUGGACUGUGCAGCAAGGAGAGGUUUUGCAGACAGCCUGUAAACAUGGAGCUGGUAUUGUUGGUCGAGGGUCUGUGGAACAGCCUUACUAAGUGCUUCAUGUUGUAUUUGCCUUGGUGGCUCUGGUUCUGCUGCUGGGACCUUGGCUUGGCCCAACUACUCCUUUCCCCCUGGUGCUGGGUGUGUGGGCAGGACCCCAAUGCACCAAGUCACCUUCUGUUCAUUGGUGGUAAGAGACACCCCAGUGAUGAGAACCAGAGGCCAGGUCACGUGGGAGCUGUUCCUUUUCCUGUCAGCUGCCAUCCUGAUUCAGAGCAUCCAGGGGACCAGGGAUGGGCUCUGGCAUUGCUUCCCGCAGCACUGAUGCCCUGGAGAUGCAGCUGAGUGUCAGGAAAGUGCCACAUCUAGCAAGCUUCCUCAAGGAUCAAGCUCAUUUCAGCCCCCUCCAGACAGGGAAAGUGGGAUUAUGCUUUCAGAGGAACCAUGCACACGAUGCCAGCGCUAAGUGUACUUGGUCCCGCACAGGAUUGUCUGAUAGCUGUGGCCUUGAGGCUGUGUUUUUAGAGCCUGGCUGGAGAGGUGGAUGUUUCUGCUGGGCUUUUCCUGGUAUCUGGUGCUAUGGAAAUGUAGGAAAGCUUCACCCAGGUUGGGACACAAAUAGGGUUGAAUGUGAGCUGUGGGAGGCUUUACCCAGUGGUUGAGAUGCUGCAGUUAUCCUGAAGGUCCUAUUUAAAAUUGCAGUCUGUCAUUUCCCUGCUAUCCUGAGGGAUCAGCUUGGAGUAUGAGGGAACUGGGCUGCUAGAGUUCUAAGAUCAAAUCCACAACCCUGAGGAAAUAUUCCCUGCACAGGGCAGCUUUCAGGUGGAGAAGCAGCCCCACUCAGUAUAAAAAGGGAACACAGAAUGAGCCAAGGACUGGAAGCCCUCUGCUGUGAGGCCAGGCUGAGAGAGUUGGGGUUGUUGAGCCAGUAGAAGAGAAGGCUCCAGGGUGACCUUCUCGUGGCCUUUCAGUGUUUAAGGAGACAAUAAGAAAGCUGGGGACAGACUUUUUAGCAGGACCUGUUGUGACAGGACUAGGGAUGAUGAUUUGAAACUAAAAAAAGGGAGAUUUUGACUGGAGAGAAGGAAGACAUUUUUUUACUCUGAAGGUGGUGAGGCCCUGGCCCAGAGAGGUGGUAGAUGCCUUAUCCCUGGAACCAUUCUAGAUCAGGUUGUUUGGGGCUGUGGGCAGUUUGCUGUAGUUGCAGAUGUCUCUGCUGACUGCAGGGGGGUUGGCCUGGGAUCAUAAAAUGAUUUAGGUUGGAAAAGACCUCAAAGAGUCCACCCCAAAGCAUUCCAUGAUUCUCUGAUUCAGUUGCUGUUGGCACAUUUGAGCUUUGGGCAGCUGAGUGACAACCAAUCCUGUGACAGGACAACGAGCAAUGGGUGCAAGCUGCAGCACAGGAGGUUCCACCUCCACACAAAAGGGAACUUCUUUACUGUAAGGGUCACAGAGCAUUGGAACAGGCUGCCCAGAGAGGUUGUGGAGUCUCUCUGGAGACUUUCAAGGCCUGUCUGGAUGCUUCCUUUGUGACCUGAGCUAGAUUGUAUGGUCCUGCUCUGGCAGGGGAGUUGGACUCGAUGAUCUCUUUGGGUCCCUUCCAACCCCUAACAUCCUGUGAUACUGUGACCCAUGCUACCCACUUCUGUCCCUGCAGCUGCUCACCAUCUCAUUUGUUCGUCCUCUCAUCUCCUCUCUCAUAAAGCAGAGGGCACAAAAGUAACAACACUACUUCUUUUGUUUUUCUAGUUAGAGGCUUACUGCAGCUGGAGGAUUUCUUGAUGUUUUUUUUUUCUAAGCUCUAAAGAAGCCAGUGCAGACUUUUGAGGUGCCCCCAUCCUCCCAUGAUUUGCUGGGGGGCAGCAAGGGAGGAGACAGGACUGGGCAGAAUGUUUGGCAGUCUGGUGGUAGAUGUGCACAGCAGAAGGCCAGGUAUCAUUUUAGUCUGGUGAGGCCACAAGGAUGCCAGGGGCUCCAGAUGGUUGCAGUGGUCUGAUGCUGGUGGCUGGGCUGCAUUCUUAAUCAUAGAAUCGUAGCAUGGUGGGGGUUGGAAGUGACCCAUGGGGAUCAUCUAGUCCAACAUCCCUGCUUUAGCAGGUUGCUCAGGAUCAAAAUGUCCAGGCAGGUUUGGAAUCUUUCCAGAGAAGGAGACACCACAACCUCUCUGGGCAGCCUGCUCCAGGACUCCAGCACCCUCACAGCAAAGAAUUUUCUCCUCCUGUUCAGGUGGAACCUCCUGGGUUUCCAUUUGGGCCCAUUGCUCCUUGUACUGUCAUUGGGCACCACUGAAAUCACAGGAACAUGCAGGUUGGAAAAGCCCCUCAGGAUCACCUAGUCCAACCUAGAACCCUACUCUACAAGAUUCACCUUAAACCAUAUCCCUAAGCAUCACAUCCAAACCACCCUUAAACACAUCCAGGUUGGGUGACUCCACCACCUCCCUGGGCAGCUCAUUCCAAUCCCUGACCACUCUCUUCAUGAAAAGCUUUUUCCUAAUGUCCAAUCUAAACCUCCUCAGUCUCAGCUUGAGGCCAUUGUUCUGUCUCCAGUUACUUGUGAGAAGAGACUAGCAGCAGCCUCUCCACAAUGUCCCUUCAGGUAGUUGUAGACUCCCCUCAGCCUCCUCUUCCUCAAACUAUCCAUCCCCAGCUCCCUCAGUUACUCCUCAUCAGAUUUAUUCACCAGGCACUUCCCCAGCUUUGUUGCCCUCUUCUGGACCCACUCCAGCACCUCCACAUCUCUCUUGUGUUGUGGUGCCCAAAACCGAACAUGACACUCAAGGUGUGGCCUCACCAAAGCCGAGUCCAAAGGGACAGACACCUCCCUGCUCCUGCUGGCCACAGCACUUUUAAUCCAAGCCAGGAUGCCAUUGGCCUUCUUGGCUGCCUGGGCACACUACUGGCUCAUAUUCAGCUGCCUGUCUAUUACAGCUCCCAGAUCCCUUUCUGCCAGGCAGAUCUCCAGCCACACUGCCUCAAGCCUGUCGCGUUGCUCACAGUUGUUGUGACCCAAGUGCAGGGCCUGGCAUUUGGCCUUGUUGAAACUCAUCCCAUUCAUGUUGGCCCAUUGAUCUAGCCUAUCUAGGCUGUUACCUCUUCUCUUCUUUACUGUGUCCAGUAACUUAUUCCUCAGGGAUUCCUGCCACACCUUCCUGCUGGCAGUGAGAUGAGCUGCCCAAAUCCUGGCUGUGAAGUGCUGCUGUCAUGUGCAGAACUCAGCCUGCAGUGGGAAGGGUCCAUCAGUGGCUUCUCCCUCUUUCCCUCUGCCCCACAAAUGCAAGCAGUGCCUCCCUUAUGUGAUAAGGACAAUAAAUAUCUGUAGUAGUUAAGCUGGUUUUGAUCUAAUAAGGUUGUACUCUGAUGUUCCCAUUCAUUGAAAGGACUCUUUCCCAGCAAGAGUGGUCAGGCAUUGGAAUGGGCUGCCUGGGGAGGUGGUUGAGUCACCAAGCCUAGAGGUGUUUAAAAGUCGUUUGGAUGUGGUGCUUGGGGAUAUGGUUUGGGGUGAGCCUUACAGAGUAGGGUUUUAGGUUGGACUUGGUGAUCCUGAGGGGCUUUUCCCGACCUGAAUGUUUCUGUGAGUCUGUGACAAUGUGUCCUUCACGCAUUCAACUCCCUCUGUCGAGAGAGGGAACACAGGGGCUGUUCUCCCCACCUGACCUGUGGUGAUUUGUCCAAAACCAGGCAGGGAGAAGGACCUGGGAUCCCACAUCACCACUGCCAGUAAGCUGUUUUUCUUCCUCAGCUUUCUUUUGUCAGUGAGGGCUUUGACCCACGACCUCCCCAGGAAAGCUGCACUUUUCAACACUAUGAACUGCUCUUUAUUUGCAAGGAGUGAGGAAGUCUCCCCAAACCUAUUUGCCUUCUGAAAAGGCUCAUGAUUACCUCUAAAUAUUUACCAAAAUCAUGGUGGGAAAAGCCCUCUCAGAUCAUCCAGUCCAAGCAUCAACCCAAAACCACCACGAGCACUAAACCAUGUCCCCACAGGCUGUAUCUACAGAUUUCUUGAACACCUCUGGAAAUGGUCACUCCACCACCUCCCUGGGCAGCCUGUUCCAAUGCCUGACCACUCUUGCAGCAAAGAUUUUUUUUCCUGAUAUCCAACCUAAACCUCCCCUGGCACAAUUUCAGGCCAUUACCUCUCAUUCUAUCCCCUGAAAGCAGAGUGCUAAUCCUGUGUGACCAGGCUGCAGAACCCAUCCCAGAUUCAUUAGAGGUGGGGAUGUGUGCCUUCCCCAUGUGCUUUCUGUGGGAUCUGGGGACAUCCAUGAGAUCCCAAACCAGCAGCCUCCCUUCCAAGGCCCUCUUCUCUGAUGUUUCACUUGCCUGCUGUGUUCUCCCCUCGCUUUUUUAGCCAUGUUUGUGCACUUUGCCUUUUCCCUGUUGACACAGCUGGUCGAUGCCACCUCAGGCUGGAUCAAAGCACACACUCUGCUUUGUGGUGUUCUCACAGCUCUAAAUGCAGCACUUUAAAAGUGUCACCAGCAGGUGAGCCAUGUCCCUGCACAUCUCUUAAAGCAAAAAAGCCUUUUACUAACUGCAUAAUAAACCUGUGGGCAACUGGC